AUGUCGCAGCCCAAGCUCACCUUACGCCCACCUCCGCAUCGCGAAUUCAUUCAAGGCUUUCCCGGCAUCGUCGGAGCCGGUCCACGUCCUCCUGCUCACGUAGCUGGCACAGUCGAAGUACGACUGGGCACCAAAGGUCUCAAAGCAGCUUGGCUUCGUAUCGAACUUCGCAAGCUCGAAACCCUUCCAGGAGGUGAGAGUUGGGGAGAGCUCAUCGGCAAAGGGCCCAUCGACGUCUGGUCUGCUCGCAAAGAUGAAGCGUACAAGUCAGAAUCCGAGAAAGGAUGGGAGCUGCUCCAAACUGCAGACUUCCCCUUCCAAGUGUCGAUUCCAGAAGGUCUCCCUCCGAGCGCCAAACUCGAAAAGAAUGCCGGUAUCAACUACGAGCUGGUCACUUCCCUCUGUGUCCGCAGUAAGAAGGGUCUGCUCAAGAAAGAGACUACCAGCUCGAUCAUCCAGAACACCCAUCCAUUAUGGCUUGACAAGCACGAACUACACUCCACCUGGCCCGUCUAUUCGCAGCCACAAGACCUUGAAGCCAUCCAGGACGAUAUUCGAGUCAAAGUAAUGCGCAAUCGCAGCUGUUAUGGUCCUGGCGACUCUGUCGAUGUUCGCGUCAUAGUCUCGUCGGAGCGCGUGUCGCCUAUCAAAGUCAAAAGCAUUUCUUUCUCCAUUCGAGAGACAAUCACCUUCAAAGGCGGUGCCAAGAAGACGUUCGGCUCCAACAAAGCCGCCUCGCAAAAGUCCGAAACUCUCUCCUCGAAAAGCAAAAGCUUCGGCAAGAAAGUCUACAAAGGCGACAUACACACCUUCGACCUCUCUUGCCAGAUUCCACGCACACAUACCCUCAUGACCAUUCAGACCGCCAAGCAUAUCGAAGUUUCCUACACUUUGCGUGUCCAGGUGGAAACUGCAAAGAAGCCGAUUAUUGUCGACCACCUACCUAUCACCGUCUCAAACUUCACAAAGACGGCGAGCGAUGCGUUGAUGGAUCGUAUUGCUUGGGUGCCUGGCCUUUCUGCUCCAGUAGAUGCAGCAACCACCUUUGCUUAUCAGAACGACCGAGGCUUUGAGCCAGCCGAGGGCUCAGCUGGAGGACAGCCAACAAUCACUCGAUCCAUGUCCUUCGGCGGAUCGACCUAUUCAGGUGGUAGGAGCAGCUAUCCUGGCUAUCCAGGCGGCGAUCUUCGAAGACGCGAUACGGUCAUGACACAGGCAACAGCCAUCAGCGGACCCGGUAUGGCAGGUCGAGGAGUACCCGGUCAAGUAUUUUCUUGGGGUCAGUAUGGAGCUGCCCAACCAUUCGGUGGUGGUGAAGCACCGCGUCCGGCAUUUGCUGGUCCGCCCAGCAUCUACGAAGGGCGCGAGUUGGCGCCAGAGGAGACAAGGGCAUUGUUCCACUCGACCAAUCGUCCUCAAAGCGCAAUGGUGUUGGGCACUGCGGUAGAUCCGGUGUUGAUGCCCCCUUCGUCUUACCAAGGCCACAGCGGGGCUGUGACGCCGAUUGCGGAAGGGAGUGAAGAUGGGCAUGGACAGUCUCAGUUAGGUCAGCGCGCCUCUUAUCCCCAGCAACAGCAGCAGGACCCAAGACGACACUCGCAAUACAGCGGCACUGCUUCACCAGCCAGCUUCACACACCACAAUCAGCAACGCUACUCGGCUUCCGGUGCUGUGUCCAACGUACCUGUCCUACCUGCUGAACAUCGAUAUACUGGCACCUCACCAGCUGCUGAAGUGCCGUACCGCAAUACAGCAGGGACACCCGACCUCAGCAAUGGAGCAACAACGAGGUACGUUCGACCGGAACCAGUGCAUCAACAACCACAAGCAUCCCCUGCCCGCACUCCUGCGCCUGAUUUAGGUAUGACUUCAGCCGAAGCAGAAAAGCAACGUCUUUACGAACGAGCACGUCAACAAGCCGAACGCAACCAAAGACGGGCGGAUGAAAGAAGGGCGCUUCAUCAAGGUGUUUCCACUCCUGCAUCGCCUGUUGGGAACGGGAAUGCGGGGAGACCGUAUAGUAUGAUGAAUCUCGCUUCUUAUUCCUCCGCUGCGCAAUCUUCGGCGGGUACGGGUAGGGAUGCGGGCGGGAGUGGGAAUUGGAAUGCAGUAGCGCAUCUUUCUGCGGAAGCGGAAAAGAUGAGAUUGUUCGAAAGAGCAAGGGCUGAAGCAGAGAGAUAUCAGAGUGGCUAUCAGCAGGGAGCUGCUUUCCCGCCGUCCACUCAGGAUUCAACUCCCCCGGCUGCUGCUGCUGCUGCUGUUGCUGGUGGUAGCGGUAGUGGAGCCGGUAGAGGGCAAGCAGCAAGUAGUACAAUGGUUUCCGGUCGCAGUGCACCCUAUCCAUCCUACAUGACUGCUGAAGAGGAGAAAAGGCAAUUGUACGAAAAAGCCAAAGCUGAAGCUGAAGUUUUUCAACGAGGUGAACCUGUCCCCUCCUCCUCCUUCACCCCUGGCGAGCAAAGUAGUGGUGGGAUGGGUCACCGUCAAGCAGCAUCCCUCAGCAAUGGUACUGUCACCGACAUUCCUGGUGCUUGGCCCAAAGCUGCACCUACAGUGACGUUGGCUCCUACUGUGCAACCGCAUCAAGGGCAACCCAUCGCUGGAGGUUCAUGCUCAUCCACCGCUCCCGCUGCCUCCACAACUGUUGGGCUAGGGGCGGGGAGCGAGAAAGAACAACUUCGUCGAUACUAUGAAGCACGCGAUGCCGUUGCACAACACCUCUCUCAACCAUCCUCUUCGCAACCAGUGUCGACCAAUGAAGGAAUGUAUACAUGGGAAGUAGCAUCUGCAGUGCACGGUGCAACACGGCAUCAAGCCGCCGAUACUGUUGCUUCCCGCAUCCGCACUAGUGCUGCGCUCGUAGGUCCUACAGCUGUACUCCCUGGUGGGAUGGGAGUACAGAGUUAUUUGACAGAAGCAGAACAGCAGAGUGCGGAGGAGAAAGAGAGACUGGCUUCUCAUUACGCAAGGAAGUCUGCUAGAGCUGAAGCUAGAGCUGUUGCUAAAACCUCUGGCCCGGCACGAGCUGGGGGGGUUGGAGCAGCAGCGAACGGUGCAAGUGAAAAAGCUCAAUUGGCGGCCUAUUACGCUGCUAGAGAUGCUAUGGAGCAAAACCUUGGUUCUCAAUCACAAUCUCGAGUUCAAACAACUUGCUCCCUUCACACUACCACCACCGCUUGCAACACCUACACCAGCGCAAUUGCAGGCGGCAACCAUUCCAGUGCAACACAACCAAUAAUCGCACAAAUCAGAACUCCAUCUAAUAUCCUUCUCCCUCCAAACUCGUCGUUCACUCAUCAACACUCUUAUUCGGUAGACACAGGCGACCAGUGGAAAUCAGAUUACAACUCUCUAUACCACCGUAGCUAUUUCAAUCAAGACGUGGAUAGAAGAACGCUGAACGCUACCAAUGGAUCAAUGAGCCUUGAUGCUCCACCACCACCUCCACUCCCGCCUAAAAUUCCAAUCAGAUCGAGCUUUGCACAGGCCUCAUACGAACAAGCGCAACCAAUAUUGAAAGAAAACCACCUGUAA